CUGGAGGCAUACUUUGACACGGCAUACGAGCACUACUGCAAGGCCACCGCCAGCAGCAAGCGCCGCAAGGCCCGCGCUCGCCUCAUGGCGCUGGACGGCCAGGGGGAGGAUGGUGAGGAGGACGCCGGGGCGCAGGGGGAGGAAGGGGGGGAGGAGGAGGCGGCGCUGGUGCACAUCGGGGAGGAGGGCGAGGAGGAGGAGAAUCCGCUGGUGGUGCGGCUGGGUGAGAGCAGUGCGAGUGAGCGCGUGCAGGCGCAGUGGUUCACCCAGGACCUCUUUGAGGGGCUCGACCUGGUGGGCGGGGCAGAGGAGGAGCAGCAGGAGGUGGCGAAGGGGAGCAGUGCAGGCGGUGGGGUGCAGAGGAUCGGUGCAGUGGUGCACAAGGCUGGGCGGAUAGGAGGUGACGGGGCAGUGAAAGGAGGGGUGGAGGAGAAGCAGCGAGGAGAGAAGAAGGUGAGGAAGGGUAGUGAAAGGGUGGUGGUGAGGGAGGAGGGGGAAGAGGAGGGGGAAGUAGAGGAAGAGGAAGGGGAGGUGGCAGACGUUGAUGAUGGGGGAGUAACGGGCAUGGCAGGUGAUGGGAAGGGUGGAGAGGUAGCAAGGAAGAGCAAAGCUGGCAAGGUGAAAGCUGCACUAACUGAGGCGGCUGUGCCUCGUGGCGCGACUGGAGGAGGCGAGGAAGAUGGCGAGAAAGGCAUGGGCAAGAAGGCACGAGGGGGGAAGCAGCAGGAGGAGGAGGCGGGGUUUGAGGUGGUGCCGGAGGAGAGGCUGAGUGGCAGCGAGGGGGACAGCUCGGAUGACAGCUCUGACAGCGACAGCGACAGCCGUGGGGGGCCACAUGGCGGGCACAGGGGAGGCAGGCACGCACGCACAGGGGGUGGGGGCGCUGCAGGGGGACAUGGAGGGGGGGGGAUGGAGGAGGAGGAGGAGUGGGACAGCGACAGCAAGGCGGAGACACUGGCGUAUGCAAGGAGGAUGCUGAGGAAGCGAGAGCGCGACGAGGUGGUGGACGAUGCGUACAACCGGUACAUGUUUGACGACGACGCCAAGGCGCUGCCCAAGUGGUUUGCGGAUGACGAGCGACGGCACAUGGUGCCGUUGAAGCCCAUCAGCAAGGAUGAGGUGCUCGAGCUCAAGGCGCAGUUCCGAGCCAUCAACGCCCGCCCCACCAAGAAGGUGGCGGAGGCGAAGGGCCGGAAGCGGCGGCGGCUGAUGAAGCAGGUGGAGGCGGCGCGGCAGAAGGCAACGGCCAUCUCGGAGCAGCCGGACCUGAACGAGCGGUCCAAGGGGCGCCUCAUGCAGCGCGCCUACAGCAAGGUGGCGUCGGAGCGGCCGCCCAAGAAGAUCGUGGUGGUGGCGAAGAAGGGGCAGCAGGGCAACCGCGGGCGCGGUGUGAAGAACAGCAUCAUGGUGGACCGGCGCAUGAAGAAGGACCUGCGUGCUGACAAGGCUAAUGCCAGGAAGGGCAAGGGCAAGGGCAGGAAGAGAAUCAGCGGAGAUUCCCCCGAGUCGCACAAGCUGUUCGCCGAGAAGUACAGCCUACCCUUCACUCUUUUGUCUGACGAGGGUAACGCUGUGCGCAAGGAGUGGGGCGUCCCCAGUGAUUUGUUUGGGGUUCUUCCUGGGCGUCAAACCUAUGUGAUCGACAAGAAGGGCGUCGUGCAGCUCAUUUUUAAUAACCAGUUUCAACCAGAGAAGCACAUCGACGAGACAAUUGCGGUGUUGGAGGCCCAAUACGAGGAGCCAAAACCGUUCUUCCAGCUUCCCAAGCUUUUCUGA